AUGAAUCAAACUGUAGUUACCAGUUCCGCUUCCUCUACACUGGCUACGUCUGGAUCAUCCAUAUUGCUUGAGUCAUCCAGAUCAUCUACUGUAGACCCAAUUUUCCGCACUGUUUCGGAAUCGUCUGCUGGUUCAGCUGUUAGCACUGCCACAUCCGCAGACCCAGCCGUUAGUUCUUCUACAUCAUCCGCUGAUCCAACAACCAGCUCCUCCACAUCAUCUGCUAACCCAACUGUUAGCUCUUCCGGACCAUCUGCUGACCCAACCAUUAGUUCUUCCACUACGGGCUCCAAGGAUCAUGAAUCUACAGUUUCUUCUACUUCCGCUAGAACCAGCUCAGCUUCUAACUCUUCUGAUAAUCAAUCCAAGAUUAUUAGCACCUCUACCAUUUAUUCCAACAAUUUUGAAACUACCACUGUUUCUGCUUCAAUCUCUUCCAAGUCGCCAAGUUCUCAUAGUUUAUUGUCUAUCUCGUCUACUCCAGCUAUCACUGAUACCAAAUCAUCCGGUAUGAAAACUGAAACCACGAGUUCUGCUAUUGGGUCUACUCCAUCUAGUAUGAAAACUGAAGUUAUUACUUCUUCCUCUGCUUCAUCUUUCAAGGGACAAGAAACUACUAGCGAAGACGCUACUUCUGCAUCUUACCGCGAUCGUACUACUAUUGAAAAAGUGACUUCUGCUGUCACAACAGGCGAAAAAACUACUUUGAUUACAGUUACUUUCUGUGAGUCUGGCGUCUGUUCUGAGACUGCCACUUCUGCUAUCGUUUCUACCGCCACGACCACUGUCAGUGGCGUUGCUACGGAAUACACUACGUGGUGUCCUGUUUCCACUAAUAAACCAACAAAGCAAACUACUUUAGUUACAGUUACUUCUUGUGAGUCUGGUGUCUGCUCCGAAACUGCCUCUCCUGCCAUCGUUUCUACAGCCACAACUGUCGUCAAUGACGCUGUUACAGCAUACACCACAUGGUGCCCAUUAACAACCAAUAGAGUGACAGUUAGCGCAAGUACUACCACUGGCGUUACUGAUAACUCUGUCAACCCCGAAGCUGCUGAAACGAAAACCGUGACCCACAGCAACGACGUGCCUUCGAUUUCAGAAUCUGGUCAUGCUGAAGCACAUCCAGCUACCAUGGCUGAUGCGAUUGGCCAUAGCAGUAGCGUGCCUUCGGUUUCAGGGACUGCUAAUACCAAGGGCUUUGCAAGUUCCAACUUGAACACUGCCUACGAACAACCUCGCAGCACAUCCAUAAGCGAUGUAGUAGGAUCUAAUACUGCCUCUUUAGAAAUUUCAAGCUAUGCUGGUAGUGCCAACGGUCUAGUAGCCAAUAGUGCUUUAAGCGUCUUCAUUGCCUCCGUAUUGCUGGCAUUCUUUUGA